AUGUAUCCAGCCGACCAAGGACUCUCCCCUCCUCCCGGAAGUCCAGCCUACCUUCCAGCGCUAUUCACACGUAUACGCGCCGCACACCCUGUUCUGCCCGUUGAUCCCGUGGUCUUGCAGUCUGUGCUCCUUUGUCUUAUUGCGCGAACUCCGGGACCUGCAUCGGCUUCUGUGUGUACUGACGGCCAAGAUGCUUCGGACGAAAGAAUUAACAGUGCAGGCUUGAGCAUGAAUCUCGUCCUACGCACCAAGGAGGAGGACAUUAGACUACUCUCUCAUAUAGUCACUUUAAUUUUAACGACUGUCUUUGGGUUUUCUGCUCACAGGCACAAAGUGGGCCAUACACAGCAAGGACACGUAUGUAGCGCUCAGUCUGUUGGGGCCAACCCAAUGUUGCACCCAGACUCAUUUCUCCGUGGGCUCUUUUUCCGCCCACCUCGGAAGCGUCCACGGCGUGUCCGCCAGAACGCGGAUCCAACUUUGCUUGGAACUACCGGGAGCCACCUCUCACGUGCAUAUGCACCGCAACGCUCCUCGACAUAUCCCAUACCUCCUUCCUCGCCUUACGUCACGGCAACCUCUGAGCUUGACCAGGCGGACCAGCAGAUAACCUCGGCUGGGCAUGAGCAACACGAGCAACUUCUUGACACCAAUUCACUCGCUUCAUCUCGUCGUCCAUUUCAGUCCUCGGUGACACCAGCUUCGACAUUGCGCAUGCAGCGUCCGCCAGCGGACCGGACACGCAUAGACCCACCACCAUUGCUGUCCGUGUUCGUUCCACCUGAAGGAGAUGAUCUCUCCCCGUGUCCUUCCUUCCCGCAAGCGGUUGUCGUAUCAGGGUUGGAGCAAGCAGGCGCUCCAGCCCAAAGAGCUCUGACGCAUGUGUUAUCCGAAGGAAAACUGGUGUUGCAGGAAAACGAUGAAGAAGAGGGUGCAAUCAAGGAUUUCAACGGGACAUGGAAUCUUCCUAAUGACUUCCUGAUGGUGUAUGUCUGCAGAUGGGAUCCGCACGAACGACCCGCGGUUCUACGAGGACUACUAGACAAAUUUGCGAUGAGCGUAGAUGUUGUGAUCGAACCCUCCACACGACAAGCCUUUACUACGUACCGCUCUACUUUAGUGACAACUCCGCAUACCUCACCUUUCCCUUCUCCGCGCGCACUGCCCUCGGAGCUCUUCCCGACAUCCACAGGCACUCCGACGAACUCGCCCAUCCGCUCUGCGCCCAGCCGCAUUUCGACCCCUGUUAUACCGCCUGUUAUACCGCCGUCCGAAGUGGCACACCUCCGCUCUCUCGCGUGCGCAAGCCCAGACGCACAGGCGCACGCCUACACGUCCAUUCAUCCCUCUCUUCGUGCCUAUCUUUGCGACCUUUUCUCAGCCACGCGCCACCAUCCUGCGCUAGACGGCACGUUACUCACGCGGCGUGCACACAAGGACGCCGAGGCACUCGUCAGGGCCUAUCGGGUCCUUGUCGGAGACUCUAUUGGCGCAGAGCUUGUGCGCGUCGCCGGCUCCAAUUGUGCUAUUAGCGAAGACGGAGAUGAGUUUAGUGCGGACAGUGGGGAAGGAACGCUGGAAUGGGACAAGCCAGGCAUGGACUUGGACUGGAUGGUCGGAGGGGGGUCGGACACCGGGAAGGGCAGGAUCUCCAACGAUACUGACACGAGCGGUAGCAUGGAGCACGUGGUGCGUCUCAACCUCGAGGAAGACAUUAGAAAGGGAAGGCAAAGCACCGAGCAAGACCUCCCGCAGCCACCGGACUUUCGCGAGCAAGUCGAUGACCAUUUGCGCAAGUCCACACACCUGCGCAGUGAUGCGGAGGUCUGGGAUAUCUCGGAAGUAGACGUCGCGCGGGUAUUCCCAAGGGUGGUGUCCCACCGUUUAAGGGUGCGCGAGGGCCCUGACCACGAGAUCCUUGGGAGUGUGAUGUGGCCUGCUGCGGGUAUCGCGCCUGCGGGUGUUAGAGGUGCCAGUGCCAGUGCUGGUUCGAGCCUACAUCCUGAGAAUGAAGAUGUACGAUGGGAGAGGAAGACGGUGAAAGAGAUUUUGGUGGGUAUCCUGGCCGAAGUAUAG